AUGAGGAACCACACAGAGCUGUGUGAGUUCAUCCUGCUGGGAGUUCCUCACACUCAGGGGCUGGAGACCCUGUUCUUUGUCCUCUUCUCCUUCAUUUACCUCUUCACCCUGAUCGGCAACAUACUCAUCCUGACUGCAGUUGUCUCUUCCUCUGCCCUUCACACUCCCAUGUACUUCUUCCUGGGGCUCCUGUCUAUUUAUGACAUGCUCUUCCCAUCUGUCACCUGUCCCAAGAUGCUGUCCUAUCUGUCUGGCCAGAGCCAUGCCAUUUCUUACAAGGGAUGUGCCACACAGCUCUUCUUCUACCACUUCCUGGGAUCUACAGAAGGCUGCCUCUAUUCAGUGAUGGCCUACGACCGUUUUGUGGCCAUCUGUCAGCCCCUGAGGUACACGCUCACCAUGAGACCUGGAGUCUGUGUGGGUUUGGUGCUGGGAGCCUGGAUGGUGGGCUCUCUUCAUGCCAGCAUCCUGACUUACUUUACAUUCCGGUUAACCUACUGUGGCCCCAACCAGGUGGGCUACUUCUUCUGUGACAUUCCUGCUGUCCUCCCCCUGGCUUGUGAUGACGGCUCCCUGGCCCAGACAGUGAGUUCCACUGCUGUUGGUUUUCUAGCCUUAAUGUAUUGGUUCAUUAUUUGUGUAUCCUAUGUGCACAUUGGAGUUGCUAUUUUGAAAAUCCGCUCAGCCGAGGGCAGGAAGAAAGCUUUCUCCACCUGCAGUGCUCACCUCACUGCUGUCCUGUGUGCCUUUGGCCCUGUCAUCAUCAUCUACCUGCAGUCCACACCCAGCCCCUUGCUUGGUGCUGUGGUGCAGAUAUUAAAUAACAUUGUCUCCCCUAUGCUGAACUCACUCAUCUAUUCCUUAAGGAACAAGGAAGUGAAAAAGUCCCUUAAGAGAGUGUUCCUUAAGGUAGUACGUACUUCUCCAGAAUAA